UCGGCAGCAGUGUUUAACACAAAAAUAUCACAAUACAAAAAACCACAAAAUAAUCCGUAAAAUCGCCGGGAAAAUAUCACGAAUGAUAUUUUGAUUCUUGAGAAAAACAACGGUAUAAAAAUCAAUGCGUUUCACAAGACAGCAAUAAACAAGCUAAAAUAAUUUAGGAAUAACCAACAACUGUAGCAACAAUCAAAAGUUAAUACGAAAAGAGUGCGUGCGUUUGUUGCCGCUUAAUAAAAAUGUGUACAAAAUUUCAAAAGUGCAAAUUUAUAUAAAUCACUCCCGCAGUGCUAACGUUCAAAGUUAACAAACAAAUCAAACCAAAUAAAAUAAAGUAGAAUCAAAGCAAAUCAGAAAUUGGCUAACAGUCCCCAGACUGGAACAAAAUACGCGAACUUAAUUAAAUUUCGUGCGCAAAAGAGUAAAUUUGCAACCUGUAGCUCGGGCUUCGGCUUUGAUUUUGAUUUUGAAUUCGGCUUUUGUGCGAGCAAGCCGGAAGCCAAUCCCCAAUGCAAUUGUUUUGAACCACAGCUGAGCAGAGCUUUUACCUGUUAGACAACAAAUAAAACGGCGGCAGCAGCAGCAGCAGCAAAGCAACAAUAUGUGGUGCAUUGUCAACUUGCCCAACGGCACCCAACAAGCCGUCAAGUGGGAUCCCAAAGCCAAUGGACAGGAGUGUCUGGAGAAGGUCUGUCGUGCAUUGAAUAUCAUCUGCGAGAUGGAGUACUUCGGCCUGGAGCACUGGACGCCCAACCAGAAGGAGUCGCAGACGCGUCAGUGGAUCAAUCUGCGCAACCGUUUGUCCGGCGACAGUGGAAGCAGUGGCAGUGGCAUCCAGUUGAUGCUGGCCCUCAGGGUCAAGUUCUGGGUGCCGGUGCACUUCAUCCUGCAGGAGAGUGUGAGGAAUCUGUUCUACAUGCAGGCCAGGCGCGACUUGCUCGAGGGUCGCCUAACCGCUCCCGAUUGGAGUGGAGCGGCCAAGCUGGCGGCGCUGCUCUGCCAGGCGGAUGGAUUGCGCUUCAACGAAUCGUCUCUGCGGGCAGAGUGCCCGAUGCGGAUGAGGCGGGAGUUGGCCCAGCAGCAGCAGCAGCAACAGCAGGCGCAGCAACAGCGUUUGGAGCAGCAGCGUAAGGAGAAGGAGCACGUUCUCAGUUUCAAGAAGCGUCGCCUAUCCAAGCAAAAGUCCAUGGAGCACAUCGAAAUCUGUAGUACGCUGCCAACGACGGCCAAUGCCACCAGUUGCAGUCUCCAGCCCUCGCCAUCCGCCUCCGCCUCCGCUUCAGCAUCCGCAUCCGCAUCCGCCUCCACAUCCGCCUGCUCGCAAACCCACUCGAACAGCAGCUCCAGCAGUCCCAGCAAUAGCAGCAGUCAAACGGGAUUGGACGAGCGACUGGCCAGCAAUCCACUGCGCAUGUACGAGGAGUACCUGAUCCAACCCAGUUCCGAGGGCGAACCACCGGCGGACUAUCUCCGGCAAAUAGCCAUGGAGCACGGCAAACUGGCCAAGCUGCAGAUGAGCCUCAAGUCGGCCAAGUACUGGCUGCUGCAGUCCAUCCAGGAUCUCGAGGGCUACGGCGAGGAGCUCUUCAGCGGAGUGACCACCAACGAGAGUGCCACGCGUUGUGACAUUGCGGUGGGCGCCCAUGGCAUCACCGUCUGCCGGGGGGGCGAGAAACAGAGCAUCCCCUUUGGCGCCAUUGCUGCGGCCAAGUCGCUGCGUCGCACUUUCAAGCUGGAGUACGUGGACGACCACAACGAUCGCAAGGAGCUGGAGAUCAAGCUGCCCAAGCAGCCGAUCGCCGCGGGUCUGUACCGCUCCAUCACGGAACGCCAUGCCUUCUACGUGUGCGACAAGGUGCGCGGCGUGGUGACCAAUCAGUUCACGCGGGACCUCAAGGGCACCAUCGCCUCCAUGUUCAUGGAGAACACGGAGCUGGGCAAGCGCUAUGUCUUCGACAUCCAGCACACCUGUCGCGAGGUGCACGACCAGGCCCGCAGGACGCUCCACGAGCGCGGUGGCGACCUGGUGGCCGAGGGCGCCGAAGGCUGCUCUGCCGCCGCCGCUGGAGUAUUGGGCGCCUCUGCCGGCGCCGAUCCCCUGGACGCAGUGGCCGGGGUCAGCGCAAUGGCACUGGCCCUGUCGACGACUGGUGCCGGCGGCUCCAUGGCCGGCAAGAUAGAUUUGGCCAUUCGCGAGAAGGAGGCGCGUGAGGCGGCGAUUGAGCGCUGCGUGGACACGCGCAUCUCGGAGGCCAUGCAGUGCAAGAUCUGCAUGGACCGCGCCAUCAACACAGUGUUCAAUCCGUGCUGUCACGUCAUCGCCUGUGCCCAGUGCGCUGCAAGAUGCAGCAACUGUCCCAACUGUCGGGUGAAGAUAACCAGCGUGGUCAAAAUCUAUCUGCCGCCGGAGCUGCGCACCAGCCAAACCGGCAGCGGCGCCACAAUAACCAGCAGCUGCAGCAGCAGCGGCAGUGGCAGCGGUGUCGAUGGCCCGGUGGAGGAGCAACUGCAUCAGCUGGAGGAGAUCUCAGUGGCGCCCGCAUCCAUGGAGGCGGGACCAGGAGCUGGAGCGGGAGCAGGAGCAGGAGCAACCGCACCUGGCGGACAGCCAAAGGUCACGACGGCCGCCUAGAAUUGGUUGUGCUCGCUGCUGUUCCGGCUGAUGGAAUGGGUGUGCGUGCCGAUUGUCUGAGAACCAAUAUGAUCCACUAAUAUUCUAUGACCACAACCUAAAUGGGGAACAAAUCAACUAACAAACGAGCAACUAGCAACUUGCAACAUGCAACAUGCAACGUGCAACAAGCAUAGGGAAUUUGAGAGAGAGCCCGCUGUGGGUUUCGAUUGGAUUAGAAGUGUGAAGCGAGUAGUCAGUCUGUCAACAAUCUUAGCUCUAUCUUUACUCAAGUAUUUUACCGAUAUAAGCAACUGAAACUUUAACUGUAACUUUAACACUAACUCUAACUCGUAACUCUAAUUGUAACUGUAACUGUAACUGUAACUGUAACUGUAACUCUAAUGUAGAUAGAUGCUAGCGAUUUACACGAUAUUUACCAUUUAUAGAUGUACGGACUUCGAGAAAGUGCUAUUUAAACUCGUCUAAGACUUCACUGCAUAGCCUAUGCCUAGAAUCUAUAACUGCAGAUUGUUUCAUAUUCAUAUACAACACUGUAUACACAUAGAUAUAUUUACGAUCGUUAUAGAUCAGCGAUACCUUAUACGAUAUAGCCCUUGAAUGUACAACAUAGUUACUUACUAAAUGUUAGCAAUUUUACCAACUAAACUCGAGAUGUAUUUAUUAACGCCUAAACUCUUUAGUAUUCCACCCCUCCCCAAGAACUCAAGAACCCAAGAAACUAAGAAACUAAGAAACUAAGAAACCAAGAAACCCCCCCAAUUCUCAAAUAUAUACCCUAUUGAUACUUAUAUAUAUAUAUAUGUAUGUUAGCGUGUGUAUAUAGGACAAGCGUACAAUAAUCGCAAACCCAAGGAGCAAAGUAGUACUAAGUACCUGCAAAACAAACAGAAACGGAAACAGAACACGAAACACGAAAAGUAUCUCUGCAGUGGAUAUUACAUAGUCAAUAAUAAAUGUUAACAAUGUUAUACUAUAUAUACAUAUAUAUAUACAUAUAAAAGAAAACCAAUGAAAAAAUCUUAAAUGUA